GACUCGGGGGCCGGCGGCGUGGUUGCUAUGGCAGCGGGCUGGCGGCGCGGCGCGCGGGCUGGCCAGGAGGCUGCGGGCGGCCUCGGCGGCCGGCGGAGCCCGGGACCUGGACGGCCGUGCCCGCCGCGCUGAGGGGCCGCGGGGCAGCGCCGCCGCCAUGUCCCUGGGCCCCGGGGAGCCGGCCUCGGAGACGGGAGAUGACAGCCUUUCUGCAAUUACCUUUGACUCUGACUUUGAGACGAAAGCCAAAAGGAAAGGUCACCACAAACCUCCCCCUGCAUCACCAAAGUCACCAUAUUACUCUAAACCUAAGAAAGUGGCGUCCUGGAGGCCUCCAAGGACAGCAGGGAGCAUGCCUCUUGGUGGCAGGAUGUCCCUGACCCCACAGAAGCUGUGGCUUGGAACUUCGAAACAAGGAAGUUUGACCCAGCCCCUGAAAUCAGACCUCGCCUUGGAGCAUACGUGGAGCAACCCCCCCAGCAGCACGCCCGACUAUCUGUCAGAAGCUUUAAGAAUGAAGAGGUCAAAUCUCAGGCGUUCUGCCAGCAAUGGUCAUGUCCUUGGGACCCCUGUCUACAGAGAGAAAGAAGAUAUGUAUGAUGAGAUUAUUGAGUUGAAGAAGUCAUUACACAUGCAGAAAGGCGACGUGGAUCUGAUGAGAACAAAGCUUCGACGCCUAGAAGAAGAAAAUAGCAGGAAGGAUCGGCAGAUAGAACAGCUUUUGGAUCCCAGCCGAGGCCCGGAUUUUGUUCGGACUCUGGCAGAGAAAAGGCCUGAUACUGGCUGGGUGGUUAACGGGCUGAAACAGAGGAUUCUCAAGUUGGAGCAGCAGUGCAAGGAGAAGGACAGCACCAUCAACAAACUGCAGACUGACAUGAAGACCACUAACCUGGAGGAGAUGCGGGUUGCCAUGGAGACCUACUACGAGGAGAUUCAUCGCCUCCAGACCCUCUUGGCAAGUUCUGACCCAACAGGAAAGAAGCCUCCGGUGGAGAGGAAGAUGGGCCUGAAGAGGCAGAAGAAAAUGAGCAGCGCCCUCCUGACCCUGUCCAGGAGUGUCCAGGAGCUGACUGAGGAGAACCAGAGCCUGAAGGAGGACCUGGACCGGGUGCUCAGCAACUCACCCACCGUCUCCAGGAUAAAAGGUUACAUGGAGUGGAGUAAGCCCAGGCUGCUGAGGCGGAUUGCAGAGCUGGAAAAAAAAAUAAAUUCUCUGGAAAGCUCCAAGCCGCACGCUUCGGAACUGGCCAAGUCAAGCCCCCUGGCUCAGCCUGCAUCCAGCCCCUCGGGGCCGCUACCGCACCCGGAGCCCUCCAAGGAGACCGAGCAGCUGCGCGGGGCACUGAGGAGCCUGAAGGGCGAGCAGGCUGCACUGCACACCCGGCUGCUGGACAGGGACUUGGAAGUGAAGCAGCUACUGCAGACAAAGGCUAACUUGGAGAAGGAGCUACAAAAUGUAAAGGAGAGUGAGAAGGAGAGAAGAGAAAGAGAAGAGGCUUUGAGAGAGGAAAUUCAGGCGCUUACCAGGAAGUUUCAAGAACUGAAAGAAAUGAAGAAAGAAGAGAACGAUGGUCCCAUGGAAAUAAGUCAUGAGACCCCAGAAGAACCCCCAACGUCCCGUCCCUCCAGCAGCCACGCUCAGCAAGAUGCCGAGCCGGGUUCAGGAGAGCUGCCCCGCUGGCUUCCCUCCCCCUGCACCGGCAGGCAAGCAGAAGAUCGGAGAAGGGAGGAGGCUGCGAGGACCCUGCAGGCCCGGUGGAAGGCAUACAGACACAAGAAAAAAGAAGCUGUUCUGGAUGAGGCGGCCGUCGUGCUUCAGGCGGCUUUCAGGGGCCAUCUCGCUCGGGCGAAGCUGUUAUCAGGCAAAGUGUGUGGCUCAGAAUCCCCCAGCACGCCACACUUUCCAAAUAAGGGCUCCCCCGCACCCCGUGCUCAGAGCCCCGUCCCCCAGAGUGACACCGAGUGGGAGGAGGCCAUCACCAUCAUCCAGUCUGUGUUCCGGGCCCACCUGGCUCGGACCCGGCAAAGUGCUACCAGUGAAAGAACCACUGCUGCUUCUACCAAGAGGAAAUCUGUUUCAGCAGCAUCCAGAGGCUCCUCCUCUUCACCCCUCCUUGCAGCUUCUCCUGUUCAGGAGGACCGUGAAGGGAGCAGCCGAGAGGCCAUGGGGGGGCUGGCCCCCGAGAAGGAGCCCCUGGGGCCGCCGGAGCUGCCCGCGCCGCCAGCCCCGCAGCCCUGCUCGGAGUCCUCCCUCUCGGGGCCACCGCACGCUGCCCCCCGACCCACGGAUGAAGUCAGCUCCGGUGACUCGGAUGACAUCGUCAUCUCUCCAUCUCUGCCCGGGAAGAAAAACUCUCCCUUCUAGGCCCCCAGUGGGCGUCCCUCACACGGUGACAGCUCGUUCAGGACAAGGUUAGGGCUCAAAGGCAAAAGAAGCCAUUCCAGAGGACAUAACUAAAAUUGGAAAAAUAAUUUAUCUUGUCACGAAGAGAACAGUACCUCCUUAACACCUCAACAUCAU